AUGUCCCCCGGGAGCCGGGAGAAGCCCCCCGAGAACGGGGGCCCGAGGCCGCCGGGGAGCGAGGAGACGGCGUGGCAGAACGGGGGCCUGAGGCCCCCGGAGAGCCCAGAGAAGCCCCUGGAGAACGGGGCGCAGAGACCCCCGGGGAGCAGAGAGAGAGCGCUGGAGAACGGGGUGCAGGGACCCCCAGGGAGCGGGGAGAAAACCCUGGAGAACGGGGUGCAGAGAGCCCUCGCGAGCGAGAAGGGGGCCGAGAAUGGGGAACGGAGCUCCCCCCAGAGCAGGGAGAAGGGGCUGGAGAAUGGGGGGCAGAGGGAGUGUGGGGGUCCAGCCCGAGGGACCCCGGAGGAGAGAGCCCGAGGGAAUGGGGAGAGAUUUCUGGAGAAUGGGGAGCGGCGAGCCCCGGGGAGCAAGGAGAAGCCCCCCCGGAUGGGGAGCCCGGCCAGGACCCUGGGGAGCAGCGAGGCAGCCCCCAGGAGUGGAGGGCCGGCUCGAGGGAGCGGGAGGAGAGUCCCGCCCGGGCCUGGGAGGCUGGGCCCCGAGAAUGGGGACCCAGCCCCGGAGGGCCCCGGGAAGGCCCCCGACGCAGAACCCGCAGGCGGCGGGGACGGCGCAACCGGGGCCCCCGGCGAGACGAGGCCGGAGCCGCGGAGGCCGGAGCCAGCUCUUCCCCCGCCCCGGGAGGUGCCGGCACCCGAGGGAGACGCCGGGGACCCAGGAGGCCGGGCAGACGGCGCCGUGGAAACCGGCGCAGACGGGGAGCCCUCCCGGCCGGGGAGGAAGGGCCCCGAGACGCCGCAGCUCUUCCUGGACCUGGGCCCGCCGCCGCCACCGGGGAGCAGCGAGCAGAUCAAAGCCAAGCUGUCUCGCCUGUCGCUGGCCCUGCCCCCGCUUUCUCUUACCCCGUUCCCGGGGUCGGGCCCUCGACGGCCCCCCUGGGAGGCUGGGGACGCCGGGGUCCCUGGCGGGGAGUCCGGAGGCCCGGCGGCCCUGGGGCUGGUGGAGGACGGGGAGGACGAGGAGGAGGAGGAGGAGGAGGAGGAGGAAGAGGCCGGGGCGGCCGUCGGGGCGGGCGCGGAGGCUGCGGCCCGGGGCCCUGGGAGGGCCCGGGCAGCCCCGGUGCCCAUCGUAGUGAGCAGUGCCGACGGGGAGCCGAGCCGUCCGCUGCGGGGGCUGCUCAAAUCGCCCCGAGGGGCCGACGAGGCCGAGGAGAGCCUGGAGCUGGACCGGAAGCGCAAGAUGGUCUCCUUCCAUGGGGACGUGACCGUCUACCUCUUCGACCAGGAGACCCCGACCAACGAGCUGAGCGUCCAGGCUCCCCCCGAGGGGGACCCGGACCCUUCGACACCCCCGGCCCCGCCGACACCUCCCCAUCCCCCCAGCCCUGGAGAUGGGUUCCCCGACAGCGGCUUCGGAGGCAGCUUCGAGUGGGGGGAGGAUUUCCCCCUGCUCCCCCCCCCAGGCCCCCCACUCUGCUUCUCCCGCUUCUCCGUCUCACCUGCACUGGAGACCCCAGGGCCCCCGGCCAGGCCCCCCGACGCCGUCUGCCCCGCAGGCCCCGUGGAGAACUGAUGCCCCGAGGCCCUCCCCCGCUGCUGCCGCUGGGUCCCCCAGAAGACGGGGCUCGAGGAGGAGCCAGAGUCAUGGAGGUCCUCCGAGAGGCUCCCGAGGCUGGGCCGCAGCCCUCAUCCCCUGGAUGCCCGGCGGGAGGCGAGGGCCGGCCCCCCCCCAGCCCUCCAGAACUCGUUCCCCCACCCAGCGUGCCUCAGCCUCCUGGAGCUGAGUGAGAGGAGGAGCCCCCUCAGGACUCACCUGCGUCCAGGCCCAGCCCCGGCCCCACCCCAGGGACACGGACUGACCCGCGGGGGUACCUCAGGACUUGGGACUCCCAGCCCUACCUCCCCCGGGGCACGGCGGGGCCCAGGCCUCUGCCCCCCCCCCUUGCCCCUGUCCCCUCCCGGCCCGAGGCCAGACAUUCGUCCGUUUUCAUGUUAUUUAAAAAAAGACAGACCACUUUUUUUGGAGCUGGGCCUGAGCGUGUGUUUGUGGGGGGCUGACACCCCUGACCGGCCCCUCUCACCCAGCUGGCCUUGGACGCUUCCUAGCUGGGUGACCCUGGGCAAGUCACUUGACCUGGCUGGCCCGU